AUGGCGAACAACAGAUUGCAAUACCGGAGACGGAACCCGUACAACACGCGGUCCAACCAGGUCCGCAUCGUCAAGACCCCCGGCGGCGAGCUCCGGUACCUCCACAUCAAGAAGAAGGGCACUGCUCCCAAGUGCGGUGACUGUGGCAUCAAGCUCCCUGGUGUUCCCGCCCUCCGUCCCCGUGAAUACUCCCAGAUCUCCCGCCCCAAGAAGAACGUCAGCCGUGCCUACGGUGGUUCUCGCUGCGCCGGAUGUGUCAAGGACCGCAUUGUCCGUGCUUUCUUGAUUGAGGAGCAGAAGAUUGUCAAGAAGGUUCUCAAGGAGUCUCAGAAGGCCGGAAAGCGCUAA